AUGGCCAGUCCACGUACUCGAUCGGUGCUUAAAGAUCUUAAAUUAAAAGAUAACAAUAAUGUCUGUUUUGAAUGCGGCGCAUUAAAUCCACAAUGGGUAUCUGUUACAUAUGGUAUAUUUAUCUGUCUUGAAUGUUCGGGUAAACAUCGUGGCUUAGGUGUUCAUUUAUCAUUCGUUCGAUCAAUAAGUAUGGACAAAUGGAAAGAGAUCGAAUUAGAAAAAAUGAAAGUCGGUGGAAAUCGUCCUGCAAAAGAAUUUUUCUUUACUCAGACAGAUUAUAAUACAAAUUCAAUGACCUUACAACAACGAUACAAUACACGUGCUGCUGCACUUUAUCGAGAUAAAAUCAAUACUGAAGCUCACGGUAGACCAUGGUCCAUUGAAUCUUCAACUGCAAAGACCUACACUGACAAAACAUCAAAACAAACUUCAUCCGAUUGGACAGAAUUUGCAUCAUCAGAUAAUCGAAGUGAAGAAAAUAACAGUUCUAGCGGACAAGACUACCCUUCUGGCCUUGGCAGUGGCAAUCCAAAAUAUUGGGGUUUUGGAAAUACAAAUAAUAUGGCAUCAUCUCAAAGUCAAUCAUCAAAUCCGGAUUUAUUAGCAUCAUCUAUUUCGAAUAUGAGUGUCAAUGCCGCUAAAUGGGCAGGCGUUGCUAAAGAAUCGUUAUUUAAAUUUUCUAAAACAGCAGCUGAAAAAGCAACUGAAUUAAAAACAAAAGUGAGCGAACAGACCAAAGACGGAGUGUUAUUAACUAAUGUUCAGUCGGGUGUAACGAAUAUGGCAUCAACAAUGGGUAAAUUAGGCACAAAAACAUGGUCAGAUAUGCAAUCGUUAUGGUCAGGAAAAGAUUAUCAUUCAACAAAUCAUCAAAAUCAUACGGAUGAUACUGAGUGGUCUUCUUAUCAACAAGCAUCAACAGUAAAAUUUGAUAAUAAUUUUGAUUAUGAAACCACUUCUACUAGUCUACCAAGUCAUUCGCACGAACAGUCAAAAUCAAAUAAUAGUCGUCCACGGAAUGAUCGUGAACAAAAUUUCGAAUCAUGGUUUGAUGAUGAAAUCAAAAAUGUUGAUGCUCGACCUUCAUCGAAAAACUCGGAUACGUCAGUUUCAGUAAAACCUAAAGAAAAAGAAGAAAAAGGAUCAAAUCUUAUCAAUUUUGAUGAGGACCAAUGGGUUGACGAUGAUGAUGCUGGAUGGGAAUCGAUCGAUAGAAAAUGA